UAGCCUAUUAUGUGGUUCGUAUACUACAUGAGAUGUGAAAAGGAAGCUCGCAUUAAACUGCUUUAAAGUGUGACACGAGAUAUUUGCAUGCGACAUCUGCUCAGAGGAACUAUUUGCAGGCGGAAGGGUGGAUUGGCCUAGUUGCAUUCCUGCGGAGGGUUUGACCUCUGACCUGGUUGUUGCAUUCCAGAGUGGCUUGUCCUGCAACAGCAGCUCAGCUAGCAGAGCGCUCAGACUGCCUCAGCAAGACGAUGUGUGCACAGCUAGUUUAGCCAAGGUAGCAGACACACCAGCGACAUCUGGAAGAGACACACGAGUGGCUGUCCAGGGCUUUAAGGAACGUCUUGUUUAAAAUCCAGAAAGCCAACUUGAAACGCAGUUAGCCAUUUUGCUCACCAGUCAAACCGCCAUCGUAUUUAAGUUGCUUUGUAGACACACAGCAGACUAGCCCCAGACAUCAGCGCAGAGGAAAUGAAGGACAAACAAAAGAGAAAGAAGGAGCGGACUUGGGCUGAGGCGGCUCGCAUGGUAUUGGAGAACUUCUCUGAUGCACCAAUGACUCCUAAACAAAUCCUUCACGUCAUCCAGACCAAAGGGCUGAAGGAAAUGAGAAGUGGUACGGCUCCGUUGGCCUGCCUGGUCACCAUGCUGCACUCCCAAGUGAGAGGAGACAGAGUCAAGAACAGCAUCUUCUUUAAGCUCCCGGGACGAAUGAGCCUUUUCACUCUGAAGAAGAACGCCCUCCAGUGGACGAAGGCAACCUCAGAGUCGGAGGCGCCAUCAGAAGUGGCCGGCAGCGCCGCACUUCCAGCUUCAAGCAGCAGCACCGCAGCGGCGGGAUCCGCCGCGGGCCCUGUCGACUCCAACGAGACCGUUGAGCAGGAGAGCUGCGACUCCACAGAGACCAUCGUAGCUGCCAUCAUUGACAAUGACGCAUCGGUAGAUGAGAGUUCAUCCAGCGCCUCCUGCUCCACGGAGCUGCAGACUACCACUAACCAGCCUCAGACCCGGCUCAGCAGAUCAGCAGGACAGCAGGGACGCACAGAAACGCAGCAAACCCAACACGCCCAGACCAGACUGAGCCGUUCCAGACAGUCGGGGAGGCAGAGGAAGAAAGCAGUCAUGAUGCCUCGUGUCGUCCUCACGCCUCUGAAAGUAAACGGAGAGCAUGUCCCCUCAGGACCCAUGAAGAGGAGUCGAGGAGGAGUAGAUGUCGACUUUGAAACCCCCGGUUCCAUUCUGGUCAACACCAACAUCAGAGCCCUCAUCAACGUGCGGACCUUCUCGGCCUUCCCGUCACACUCGCAGCAGCAGCUGCUGCAGCUUCUACCAGAGGUGGACAGACAAAUUGGACCUGAUGGUAUGGCCAGGCUGAGCAGUUCAGCCCUGAACAAUGAGUUCUUCACCCACGCCUCGCAGAGCUGGAAGGAAAGGCUAGCUGAGGGUGAGUUCACCCAUGAGAUGCAGGUGCGUUUCCGACAGGAAAUGGAGAAAGAGAAGAAGGUUGAAGCAUGGAAGGAGAAAUUUUUUGAGGAGUACCAUGGUGAAAAAUCCGGCCUUACACGAGAAGAGUCCCUCAAACUCACCAUGAGCGAAGCCAGCGAAGUUGCCAGCACUGUGCUGGAAAGUGACGUUGCUGUGGUGACGAGCGCCCCCAAAAGACGCAGCGUGGGUCGGCGGCGAAGAGACGGCAGGAUGAGGAGACGCACCCGGGCUGACCUUCGUCGCAGAGCUCGCCGGACCCUCUGCAAGGCCACGCCGGCCCUGCAGCCCACGGAAGCAGCAGAGGCCAGUGCUACUCUGGAAAUGGCCGCCGUCUCUAUCGACUCUCCAGUGUGCAACAACACGGUGGUUCACGACGAAGUGGUGCUUCAGGCAGACUCUGCGGUGGAGCUCCCAGUUGAGAGCGCCUCUGUUGAGCCUCAGGCCUCUCCCAUUCCGGAGCCGGUCACGUUGCCGCCCGCGACUCCUGCUCCAAGUCCUAGCCCGAGCCCGGCCUCUACGAGUGCAAAUGAAGAGCCGGAAGUUACUCCCGACCUGCUCCCCAAGGAAGACGCUCCUGUACUGGCUUCAACUACCUCUCCAUCCUCUUCCUCGUCUCCUUCCUCUUCUUCAGCCUCCUCACCUGCUUCCUCGCCCUCCUCACCUGACAGACCGGGAGCCUUUGCAGCAGGUCUGGACUCUUCCUCGUCCUCUUCAGGCUCGUCCAGCGCCACCAUUCCUGCCGACCCGCUGGACGACACUGCCUCUGUGGUCACCUCCAUCACGGGCGGGACCGCCACCAGCAGCCGUGAGAGCAGUCCGUCGGCCAGCCCAGCCACCACCCCUGUCCUCAGCAGCCAGCUCAAGGAGCAGAAGAGGAGACAAGAUGAGACUGAGGGCCUUUCCAGCUUUCCCGAGAAAAGGCCGCGAAUUGAUGACCGUCAGUCCUUUCGUACCACAAUCGACGGUGUCUGUUCGGAGAAGCCGCAGCCGACAACCGAAGAACCCAAGGUGCCACCUAUCCGGAUUCAAUUAUCCAGGAUCAAACCUCCCUGGGUCAAAGGGCACCCCACCUACCAGAUCUGCCCCCGGAUUGUGCCCCCCGGCGAGGGCUCGCGGCGGUCGGGGACGGGUGGGGCGCGGACGCUGGCAGACAUCAAAGCCCGCGCCCAGCAAGCCCGUGCCCAGCGCGAGGCCGCUGCUGCUGUUGCAGCCUCUGGCGACGGGUCAGCGCCGGCCGGUAACCGGCUGCGGGCUGCUGCUGGGCUAUCGGAUAGCAGCAAUGGACGACGAGCGCGAGAGCAUCCAGGACCUAUCGAGCCCGGAGGAGGAGGAGGAGGAGGAGGAGGAGGAGGAGGAGAUGGAAGAAGGGGAAGUAGUAGAAUGGAGGAGAAGAAAUCAUCUUCAGAUGCUAAUUCGUCUGGAGCACAAUUACAGCUUCACAAUGUAGAACCAACGUCUCACCCCUCCCCUUCGUUGUCCAACACAUCCACUUCCAUGUCUUUAGAGUCCCCGCAGACUUUAAGUCCACAUCGAGAGGGGUCAGCUGAUGUGCCAAAGGUUGGUGAGGAAAUGGAAGAAACAUCCGCCACUGUCCAGAGCUCCUCCAGUGGAUUCACGGCUUGCUCUCCUUCUCCAGAGCAUGACACUAUAUCUGAGUCAUCGGCCAUUGAGUCAUCCAGAGAAAGCCAGCUGUCCGAGUCUACUACGGUCCCCUCAGAUAUGACAGACCAAGGUUGUGAAAAGCCAUCGCUGACCCAAACUUCAAUUCCAGAUUCCCUUCCUAGGUUUGGAGCUAAAGGUGUGGAUGUUACUCAGACGCUAGCUAGUUCUUGUCAGACUAAAGAGCAGGAUAAAGGGAAGGAUAUUGGACUGGGGGGUGUUAUUCAGCACAGUUCCCACCAUGUGGACCUAAAGGAGGCAUUCUCUAAGUCAGCGAGACAGCAAACGGACUUGUCUUGUCCGCCACAUGUGGACGUUCUUGAUGCCUGCAUAGAAAAAGAGGAAGAAGCCGCCACGCACAGCGACUCAACCGAAACAGCUUCUGACUGUGAGAUUGAGAGCCAGGAGGAUGAGCAGCAAUAUCCAGAACGGGACUGGUGCUCGCAACUCAACACCCAGCGAAAUGGCCAGUUGGUCAUCUGUAGCCCCCCUCCUCAGAACCAGCAGCCGGUCAUACAGGCUCACGUGUCCAGCCGCCACGGUCAGACAGUCAUUCAGCCCUGUUUCCCCAAUGGUCUGCCUCAGCCGCAACGCAAUCACUCCCAUUCCCAGGACCACUUCUCUCCUCCCAAAGACAACAGUGUUGUAGUGAAAAUGGAGCCUGGAGAUGACUGUCGACCCUCCAGACAAAGUCCUGAAGAGGAGUGUCGGGGGUCUUUAAAGGCUUCUGUUGCUCAUCUGAAUGCUUCAGCUGCCUCCAAAAGACUGUCCAGCUCAGCAAGACCCGUGUCCAGUGUGGAGGCCAACAACCCUUUAGUGACUCAGCUGCUGCAGGGCAGCCUGCCCCUUGAGAAGGUUCUUCCUUCUCACUCUGCCAACAGGCUGGAGAUUAGUCGAUUGCCUGGACCCCCACCCAGACCACCAGCAGCAAGGAACACUGGGUCGCGAAGUAAGCCUGAGCUCCUGGUCCAGUCCCUUACUCCAGACCUGACCUCUGUCUCGCAUGUCCUCAACAAGUCGCAGACAGGCCACCCGGUCUCCUGCCUGAUGGAGGCCCCGGCUGUGUCCCAGUCCCAGCAGGCCCCUGGUGCUGUCCCAGUCAUUACCUCUGUGCCACCCUCCUCUAAAACAAAGUCCGAUGUCGGCUCUCCGGUUCUUGUGAAACCUCCAGUUAUCAAAGAGUCUUGCAGUCAUCAACCCUCACAGGAAAGCACUCCUGACAGGCUCCAAGCAGACCACCGGACCAUGCCCAACGGCCCAUCCCCUUCUCACGCAGACCCCAGUACCAUUGAGGGGGUGACCACCAUUAAGAUCAACCUGCGGCCCCCACACUCUCAACUCCCACACGCUCACCAAGAGCAGCUGUCUCCUGCAUCCGCCGUAAAGAGUGAAAUCGCUGCUCGACCUUCUUGCCAGGCCCUCACUAAAUCCACCUCCAUGUUACCACUGGGCAUCGCCAAAAAGGAGCCAGGGAACUCCAUGGAUGGGUACCUGAGUGGAGGGGCGAUGGAGGGACUCCUCAACAUGGAGAUGACUUUGGCAAGGAUAGCAAAAAAAGAGCCCAGCAAAGGUCCGUAUUCAUCUAGCUCUCCCUCCUCAUCUUCGCCUUCUCCUUCCUCUUCUGCCUCGUCCCUUCCCUUCCAGCUGUAUGGAAAACUCCCCAAACAGGCAACGGGCAUUGGAGGAGUGAGCUAUACGGCUAACGUGUCGAUGAUGGACAACGGUGGUUUCUCCCGGGGCGUGGCCGAUGGUGUGCUGCAGCUGCGACCCCGCCUGGCCUCCAGCCAUACUACCCUCAGCAUCCAGGCCUUUACAGAUAGCACGGCGGAGGAGGUGGCCCUCAAGUGCUCAUGCCGCCUCAAAGCCAUGAUCAUGUGCCAAGGCUGCGGUGCCUUUUGCCAUGAUGAUUGCAUCGGACCUUCAAAACUCUGUGUGUCAUGUCUGGUGGUCAGGUAGUGUGUUCACAUCCCUGUGCACUGUAGAAGUGCUGUCUGAAAGCGUCGGCAGCAUGACUGGGCAGCUUCAGAGUGUACAGAAGCCUCAUUAGGGUAGAGCACACAGGACAAGUCUGAUGGGCAAGAUAUUGCCUUGUAUGAUAGUUAUGUAUCUUUUGUUGUUGCAUAUUUUCAGAUUUAUUCUUUCUUUUUUAGCUGUAUUGAUUAUUGUUAUUAUUAUUAUUGUUAUUAUUAUUAUUAUUGUUGUUAUUGUGAAUUUGGGGCAUGAUUAAUUGUAAAUUUUGCAAUUUACCUCAUCUCGUCUUGCUCCAUCUGUCACCAUUUGGAGGUCAUCAUUGUUUUGGUUCCAAGUUUGCUCUGCAAGUAAGGACAUAUUGUUUUCUCUUUGCGCAAAGAAGUAUUUUUUUAACCAUUAAAAAGAGUAAAUGA